CUAACUGUUGGCAGAAGCCUUCACCUCAGACAUAAAUAGUAGGUAACAAUCUGUCAGUCAUCUACUUUAAGAGCAGAUAUUGUUUAGAUAGCAUUGGCAGCAAUUUUAUAUUUGUGCUAACUUGUCAGGGUAUAUGUCUUCUAGGUGCACAGAAUGAAUAUUUUAAACAUUCAUGUAAGCAACAGUUUUAUCUACUGUUUAGCGCUCAGAACUAGCAUUUGCUGUCAGGAAUCUAGAUUCUCUUUCCAGCAUUGCUUUUAACUGCUCAUUCUCUUUGGCUUGCCUACGGCUUCAUCUCCUCCCUCUUCAGAAAUUAAGAUAGUGCAAUCCUAAUUCAGGAUGGCAAUGCAAAGAAUGCUUAAUAUAUCUGUUCUUGUGACGUGUUUUGUGAAGUGGAAAGAAACUUAAAGACAGUAGUGUGCAUGGAUAGAGGCUAAUCAGAUAAUUAUUUUCAACUGGGAGUUAGAUAAGGUAAAACCAUGUUAUACAGAUGAAUACUUUGCAUAUUCAUCUUCUGUCCUUGUUUCCCAAUUUUUCCACAUAAUAUUUUGUGUACUGAAUGAUAGGGGACUGGGACAAAAUUUACACACUAAAGCACGGUUUGAAGUCAAAGAGGCCCCCUCUGCAUGAAGGCCAGUGUGUGGGAGAAUAAAAGGCCCCAAUACAUUUCUCUAGUCUAGUUUCUCCUACAAUUAAAUUGUUAUUUGUUGUAGUAGAACAUUUUUUCUCUCUCCAGCAGGCACAACAAUGCAGUGCGCUUUGGCCAGUCUGACAGUCCAGAAGACCAAUAGUCUUGUCCAGUAAAACAGUCUCAAAAUAGGAGCAAGGCUUAUACUGCUUACAUUGUGGCUGUGCUGCUGAAUACCAGCUGCCGACCAGAACUCUGACGUGUGUCUGGGCUUGGACAAAAGACAAAGUAUUUUCUGUAGCUCCCAAACAUCUACAAAAGAUUUCAACUGAAAACCACAACAACAUAAAUCUGGAGUGGGAGGAAUGUGCGUCUUAGCAACAGUGGGUCAGAAAUUGCAAAUAGCGACCUGCUAUCCACUUCCCCCGUGACCAGAAAUCGCCAGACCAGUGUUUUUCAGAACUGAGGCCAAAAUCAUAUAUCUUUUGAAAGAGAUUUUCUUGUCACCGGUUAUUCAGAAGAGUGGCAACUCACUGAUUUGCACCCCACGUUUUCAUGGCUGCUUCUCGUUAGAAUUGCAUCAGAUGUCACACAAUGCCAUAUCUUAGGCUAUUUAUGACAACUUAGAACAAUAUGUGAUGAAUUAUCCAAUAGACAUUUCAAGGUAACUCUAGGCUAAACAGAGUGAAGUUCUCCCAGCUGAUAUUUGACCACGACUUUCCAGCUAACCACCAUAGUUUUACAAAAAGCUCCUUGAGGCCUACAAUGACACAACACCGAGGAAUGUGGUUUUAUAAAUUAAUCCUCUGGAAUGAAAAUACAUAAAAAAGGGAGAGUUAGUUAAGGAAGAUAUACAUUAAAAUAAGGUAAAAACAACAUGCUUAUCUGUAUAUUCCUUUUUUCAGAUCCUUAUGAUAUAAACUACAUCAAUAGAUUCCCUUACAUCUCUGUUUGAACAUAUAACUUUAUCAUAUUUGUAUAUGUAACUUUGGCCUAGAGGUUUUUUUUUUUAACCAGAAACAACCCACCUCUUUAUUCUUGGAAGUUUAAAAAAAUAUGUAUGUAUAUUUACCUACAUGUGUUUGGAUGUAUUAGAUACAUGGAUAUAAAAAUAUUCAAUAUAUUAGAUAUUUAAAGCAAUGCAAACUAGAUUGUGCUUUUAUAGGAAUGACCAAGUAAUAAGGAAAAUAUCAUUGAGAGAAGUAAGUCAGUUUGAACAGUAAAGUACAGGACUUCACAACAAACUGUUGGUUACACAAUCUCAGUGUAGUGAACAAGAACAUAGGUGGCUCAUAAAACCUAUAGACUGCUGUGCAGUGACAUAUUCAAUACUUCCAGUUUAGGAAAAAUGCCUGUGUGUCUAGAAGACAAUAAUAUAGUAAAAGGAAACCAUCUCUUUCUUGUUUUUGUAAUUAAAAUAACAGCAAUUUGUCAGGUUUUUUUUCUUUUUAAUUGUAUGUCUAAGGUUUCCUGGUAGAAUACAUGGUGCAUAAUCAUUUCUGACUUAUGCAAAACGUUUAUUAAAGUAUAAAUUAUAUAAGAUGGGACAGAAAAUUGAAACCUUAUUUUGGCACAGAUUAGGUCCUGCUACAGUAGUCGGUCAUGAUACAAGAUGUGUUUGUUUUGGAAAGCACUAUCCACUUAAGAGUGAAAUAUGUGAAAACUUUUUUGAAUUUCAGCUUGCUUCUUUCCCUUAAAUCUUACUGUCUUGUCUUUUACUUACAGCAAGGAAUAUGAUAUUCCAUGAAUUUUCACACACAGGAUUAAUACUGAAUUGAAUACCCAGAGGUGAACAAAUCAGUUCAAAAUGAGUUAAAGGUGCAUAGCCCAGGAAGGGCCCAGUCAUCAAGACACAUGAAUAUGACUUAUUUUAUACGUCACUACUUUACUGUACUUUUUGGCCAUGAAGGGCAGAAACCACUGGAGCUCCGUUGCGAGGAUGAAGUUGAUGGAGAUGAAUGGGUAGAAGCUAUUCACCAAGCUAGUUACUCAGAUAUUCUGAUUGAAAGGGAGGUGUUAAUGCAGAAGUACAUUCAUCUCGUCCAGAUCGUGGAGACUGAAAAGAUUGCAGCUAAUCAGCUUCGACAUCAACUUGAAGAUCAAGACACAGAAAUUGAAAGACUGAAGUCUGAGAUUAUAGCUCUCAAUAAAACAAAAGAAAGAAUGCGACCUUAUCAAGGCAACCAGGAAGAUGAGGAUCCAGAUAUUAAAAAAAUUAAAAAGGUUCAAAGCUUUAUGCGGGGCUGGUUAUGUAGAAGAAAAUGGAAGACUAUUGUCCAAGAUUAUAUUUGUUCUCCCCAUGCAGAAAGUAUGAGAAAAAGGAACCAGAUAGUUUUUAACAUGGUUGAGGCUGAAUCUGAGUAUGUGCAUCAACUUUAUGUUCUUGUGAACUGUUUUCUGAGGCCCUUAAGAAUGGCUGCAAGUUCAAAGAAGCCACCUAUCCGUCAUGAUGAUGUUAGUAGCAUUUUCCUCAACAGUGAAACAAUCAUGUUUCUUCAUGAAAUAUUUCACCAAGGUUUAAAAGCAAGAAUAGCUAAUUGGCCUACCUUAAUUUUAGCUGACUUAUUUGACAUUCUGCUGCCAAUGCUGAACAUAUAUCAAGAAUUUGUUCGGAAUCAUCAGUAUAGUCUCCAAGUACUGGCAAACUGUAAGCAAAACAGAGAUUUUGACAAGCUCUUGAAGCAAUAUGAAGCCAACCCAGCAUGUGAGGGACGAAUGCUGGAAACUUUCCUUACUUACCCCAUGUUUCAGAUCCCUAGAUAUAUUAUAACACUUCAUGAACUUCUAGCUCACACACCACAUGAACAUGUUGAGCGAAAAAGCCUUGAAUUUGCUAAAUCUAAGCUAGAAGAACUUUCAAGGGUGAUGCAUGAUGAAGUGAGUGACACAGAAAACAUCCGGAAGAAUCUAGCCAUAGAAAGAAUGAUAGUAGAAGGCUGUGAUAUAUUACUAGAUACCAGCCAAACUUUUAUACGCCAAGGUUCCCUUAUUCAAGUCCCUUCUGUUGAGAGGGGAAAACUUAGUAAAGUUCGCCUGGGAUCAUUAUCUUUGAAAAAAGAAGGAGAAAGGCAGUGCUUCUUAUUUACAAAACACUUUCUAGUUUGUACGAGAAGUUCGGGAGGAAAACUGCAUCUGCUCAAGACAGGAGGUGUUCUAUCUUUGAUAGAGUGCACACUGAUUGAGGAGACAGAUGCAAGUGAUGAUGAUUCAAAAGGUUCUGGGCAGGUUUUUGGACACCUUGAUUUCAAGCUUGUAGUUGAACCUACAGAUGCUGCUCCAUUUACUGUUGUCCUUUUAGCCCCUUCGCGACAGGAGAAAGCCGCGUGGACAAGUGAUAUAAGCCAGUGCAUUGAUAAUAUUAGGUGCAAUGGUUUAAUGACCAUAGUGUUUGAAGACAACUCGAAAGUCACUGUGCCACAUAUGAUCAAAUCUGAUGCUCGCCUUCAUAGAGAUGACAUUGAUAUCUGCUUCAGCAAAACAUUAAAUUCCUGCAAAGUACCCCAGAUUCGUUAUGCAAGUGUGGAACGCCUUUUGGAGAGGUUAACAGACUUGCGAUUUCUAAGUAUUGAUUUCCUGAAUACUUUCCUGCAUACCUAUCGCAUAUUUACUACUGCAGCAGUUGUACUGGAAAAACUUUCAGACAUAUACAGAAGGCCUUUCACUUCCAUUCCAGUCAGGUCUUUGGAAUUAUUUUUUGCUACCAGUCAAAACAAUAGAGGAGACUACCUAACUGAUGGGAAGUCACCACAUCUUUGUCGCAAAUUUUCUUCUCCUCCUCCGUUGUCCCUCUCCAGAACUUCCUCACCUGUCAGAACACGAAAAUUGUCAUUGACUUCACCACUGAAUUCAAGAAUAGGUGCCCUUGAUCUUUCUACUUCCUCCGUUGCAAGCAGUCCUACCUCCACCUAUAGCCCAGCCACCUCUCCUCCGCCAACAGGUAGCAAAGUACCGCUGGACCUUAGCAAAGGGCCCUCCUCCCCUGAGCAAAGUCCUGGCUCCAUAGAGGACAGCUUAGAGAAUCCUCGCAUUGACCUCUGUAACAAGCUGAGGAGAAGCAUUCGAAGAGCAGUCUUAGAAUCUGUGUCAGUGGACAGGACAAUUCCUGAGAGCACCUCAGCAGUGGAUACCCCAGAGCUUUCCCCAUGUAGAUCCCCUUCAACACCACGUCAUCUCCGCUACCGUCAAUCAGGAGUACAAACUGCUGAAAACAGCCACUGUUCUGUUUCUCCUGCUUCUGCUUUUGCAAUUGCUACAGCUGCAGCAGGGCAUGGGAGUCCACCAGGAUUUAACAACUCUGAACGCAUGUGUGACAAAGAGUUCAUAAUACGCAGAGCAGCCACUAAUCGUGUCUUGAACGUCUUGCGUCACUGGGUCUCCAAGCAUUCUCAGGAUUUUGACCUGAACAACGAACUGAAAAUGAAUGUAUUAAAUUUGCUGGAAGAAGUUUUGAGAGACCCAGACCUUCUCCCGCAAGAAAGGAAAGCUACUGCAAAUAUACUGAGAGCCCUUUCUCAGGAUGAUCAAGAUGAUACCCAAUUAAAAAUAGAGGAUAUAAUUCAGAUGUCAGAAUGUCCAAAACCAGAGUACUUUGAGACUUUGUCAGCUAUGGAGCUUGCAGAGCAAAUAACUCUUUUAGAUCACAUAGUUUUCAGAAGCAUACCCUAUGAAGAGUUUCUUGGGCAGGGCUGGAUGAAACUGGAUAAAAAUGAGAGAACACCCUAUAUUAUGAAAACUAGUCAACACUUUAAUGAUAUGAGUAACCUUGUUGCCUCCCAAAUCAUGAAUUAUGCCGAUGUCAGCUCCCGGGCUAACUCAAUUGAGAAGUGGGUAGCGGUAGCAGAUAUUUGUCGAUGUAUGCACAAUUAUAAUGGUGUGUUAGAAAUCACAUCAGCCUUGAACAGAAGUGCAAUCUACAGACUGAAGAAAACUUGGGCUAAAGUAUCCAAGCAGACAAAAGCUCUCAUGGACAAGCUUCAGAAGACUGUAUCAUCUGAAGGAAGAUUUAAAAAUCUUAGAGAAACACUAAAAAAUUGUAACCCGCCUGCGGUUCCCUACCUUGGAAUGUACCUAACAGAUCUAGCAUUUAUUGAAGAAGGAACACCAAACUUCACUGAAGAAGGCCUUGUCAAUUUUUCCAAAAUGAGAAUGAUCUCGCAUAUUAUCAGAGAAAUACGCCAGUUCCAGCAGACCUCCUACCGCAUAGAACAUCAGCAGAAGGUCACUCACUAUUUACUUGACAAGACACUCAUCAUAGAUGAAGAUACUUUGUAUGAACUUUCCCUAAAGAUUGAACCCAGACUCCCUGCCUGAAGAGCCAGCUUUGCCUCAGAGUCUGCAGAAAGCUUUGGAAUAACAAACAAAGUUAUGCAUGCCAAGUCCUAAAGACAGCAAGGGAAAUAUUGAGAAGAGUGCAAGCUCUCUUUUCCAAUGAGAAACACAGAGCCUCACAGCAUUUCCCUCUCAGGCAAGGAAAAUCAGCUGUUGGAGGUGGAAGAUAAAGAUGCUUCAUGUCUGGGUUAAGUGAUUGCUACUUUGCAAUGAUAAUGUUUUGCAAUAGGGAUUAUGCAUCUAAUGGAAAACAGGAGGCUUUCCUGGGAACAGGUACUCAUUGUAGCCAUCUUAAUGUGACAAAUUAAGGGGACAAGUGUAAAUGGUAGUAUCAUAUUCAGUUAUAUUAAGAAGAAUGGAAAAAAUGAGAUGGCACUGAAGCGGCCUGGGUUGAUUGCUAACUAUGCAUUCACUGAGGCAGUAGUGGUAGCGGUGUGCUCCUAUAUUAUAUUCACUGAAAAACUAGGAUCUUGAGAGUCAUCUGCUAGCCUGGAGAGGCAUCAGGGUAAUAUCUAGUAACUUCAGUUCUAUAGUUGUUCAAAACAUUUGUUAUACAUUUAAUGCUUCCCUUUAUAAAACGUAACCUUCUUUAAAUGUCUUAUUAGCCUUAUCUAAGAUGAUGGAUUUCACAAAUAAAUGAACUAAUCUUUGUAAAUAAUUUUUCGUUAAUACGCAAUGAGAAUAUUUACAGCAUGGAAAGUAAAUGAACUGUAGUUGAAUAGCUGUAAAUAGUUGCCAGCCUUGCAAGCUUCAGCUGGGAAAUACGAGGUUAGGAGCUGUACCUGAGACUCAAGAAAUCUGGACACACAGUGCAUGGGAUGGUUAGUCAUGUUGCACACAGCCCUGAAAAAGGCACUUUAAUUUUCUGCACCUGCAGCUUCCCUGAAAAGUCAGGUUACAAAGCACUUUCUGGACACACUGUUGAGAGAAAUGAAUGUCUGGACUGGCAAUGGGUAGUGAUCAGCAAUGAACACUAGGAGUCGGAAUGACUGUUUCAUUUUACAUGAAAGUAGUGGUUUAAAAAAUGUCUAUUUUUCGCUCAGUCAUUCAGCACUGACUCAGCUCAAAAUUCUUUUACAUCAGUGGCAAACUUUGAAUGCGUGCAGACACAAACUUUACAUUUUUAUUUGAACUGGUAACUAGCAUUUGCAUAUGAACAUACGUUUAAGAAAAUGUGCUCUUUGUAACUGUUAUAAAGCCUAUGCUUUUGUGAGAAACCAGGUAGAUAGAUUUCAUUUCUACAACUAGUUGAUACUUCCUAGAAUUUCCUAAUCAAGUGUGGCCUGUUGUAGCUGCAUGGAAAAUGAGCUCAAAUGCAUGCUCUAAAGUACAUCAUAAUAUAAAAUGCAGGUAUUAGCACUGUUGAAUAACUUGGCUGGAAAAGUGUCCUUACUUUUCCAAUGAUAAUCAGCCAGUUGAAGACAUAGGGCUAUAUCACUGUUUACCUCCCUUAAAUCCUCUCAGGGAGAUAGCUGUUUAAAAUAGAUUGUGACCUGGGUCUGUUUGAUCUGACAUUUCUUACCACAGUCAUGAUGCUUCUUAAUGCUAACAAUGAAAAAUGAAUCGGCCUGGCUUGUGGUUUUUGUCUUUAUUUGCACUUUAAUUACGUUGUUAGCCCAGCCAAGAGCUGCACAAUAAAUUCCAUUUGUUCUGUCUGAGUGCAAGUGCUAGCAUUUAUAAAUGUCCUUAGCAACUGUAAAUUUUAUUAAGGUUCCUCAUCACAAGGACCGUCUCUUUGUAAAUAAGUGCAUGAGUAAACUUCAGAAAUACUGGAAAAUUCCUCAAUUAGAAAAGCAGACAGCAACAAGAAAGGAAAUUCCAGAAACAUUUUGAAUAGUUCUCACUAAUUAAUGCUGUAGAAGUGAACAUGGAAAAUAUUAUUUGUGGAAGCUUUUUGUCAUCAGAAACUUACUUAUUCUUUUCAUUAAUGACUGGCAGGAAGCGGAUUGCAUCCCAGUGCAUGAUUAAAAGAAAAGCAUGGUUUAUAUGGACCACAAAACCAACUUACUGUGUAUUUUCUGUACAAAAACAGUUACCAGAUGUCAAUUGCAUAAAAUACAUUAAGGUUAUGAAGAAAUGGCAAAAAAGUGGUCCAAAAAGUGAGUUCUUAACUUGGUUGUAUUGUUUCUCUGUUCGUAAAAAAAAAAAAGUAUAAGAACUGUCAAUGUCUUAACUGGCAUCUCUGUUGUAUGCUAUUAACUGCUGCUUUAUCUUCCUGUAUCCCAUUUUACCAAACUUCCUUGCUGUUCUUAGGGUUACAGGAUGCAAUUCCUCAUCUUACUUAUUUCAUAGUCAGUUUGUUGUUUUAUACUUUAUGUACACAUAUUGGUUCUUUGGAGUUUCAAAACCUUCAGUGCAUUAGUUAACCCUUGCAAUACAAAGGGGUGGUGCAGGACUAGUGCUACAGUAUUACAAAUGAAGAGAUGGGAAGACAAAGGGUUAGGGAUGAUUUUUUUUCAAAUGUGCUGUGUAUUCAUAUCUUAAAAUCAGUAGACAAUAUCUUGGUUCAGCCCUUCUGGAAAAACAUGUCCUAUUUAUAUGCCAAAAGUUACAUAUUGGGUCAAUGGCAGAAUUUAUGUUAGAGUUGCCAGAGUAACUAGAUACUUGGUCUGUGUUUAGAACAAAAAAAAUGGCUAUGGUGACACUAAUCUAUUUGUUUUGCUGAUGACUAACAUGUUAAUCUGUUUGGCUUGUGGAUGCAAUGUGUUCCUUAAAAUACAGGAGAUGACUGCUCAAAAAUAUGAGCAUACCUCUUGUUAUCUGUAAUCCUAGUCACCGUUCCCAACCCUAAUUGGAGCUGGAAAAGCUUGUUCUUUCUGCAGAAAUCCUACAGAGGAAGUGUGGGAUGGUAUGUCUCCCCCAACAAUCAGGUUACGUAAUUCAAGUACAUGUGGCCUGUGCGCCUGUGCUACAGUGCUGCUGCAAUCUUUGAGCGGUGGCACCAGCUGGGAGGCAGCACCAGCCUGCUUUGUCUGAGACUUUGCCUGGUACGUCAGCAUAACCAGCAGGUGCAGUGGCCUCUCUGCACAGUGCACAGGGGUUGUGGAGCUCCUUGCCUCCCGCUUCUCUGCACCCCUCCACCACAGCCACAUGCUAAUCAUAUAUAGAGAAACAAGUCCUAAUUGUAGAACACCCACUGUUUGCCACAGGCGAGAUGUUUUCUAGUGAGGACUGUGGUCAUAAGAAAGAGAAGGGCUGAAGAGCCGCUCUACCUGCCUUUCGUAGCUCCACAGUCCCCAUGCACUGGUCAGAUGCAACAGCAGUUCUUCUGUUCGAGGGGCUGCUCCCUGUCAGCGCUCUCUGGGCAAAAAUGCCUCAGGGAGCGUGGGCUGGCUAGCUACAAAAGGGAUGGCAUAGUUCACCCACUGCCUCUGUUCAGCAGUGGGCACAUUGCCAGUGAAGUCAGAGGAGAGUUUAGCAGUAAAAAAGCUGAGGCAGCAGACUGGAUUCAUCUGUAGUUAAUGGGGAGCCUGGGCAGCAGCACCGACGCUGCCCUUUCAUGUGACACAGAGCCUGUGCCACUGGACACGCUAAUACGGGGUUAGAGUUGCCUUCACCCUGUAGGUGUGAAGGGGCAGGUCUCAUGCUCUGCCCCUCACCCCUGAUUAAAUUCACCUGUGUUGUACGUGGCACUUCACAUGAGUUAGUGGGCUGAGCCCAUGAUUAGUCAUAAAGGGAAAGGAAAAUAGAUCUUCUGAAUGUACAGUUGCAGUAAGUGUGUACUCUGUCCCUUUCUUUCAGCCAGUCCUGUAACAUACACAUGUGUAGGUUAACAGUGAGAGGUUCUGCUGCGACUGAUCACCAUUACUGAAAAGUAAGAAAAACACCUCUGUCCUCUUUCUGUUUUCCUAGUUCUUAAUACUGAUUGUUGUUUUUUAGGAUAAAAAGGAAUUUAACCCUUUAUUUAAAGUAUUUAUUAACUUUAAUCACAUUGGUUUUGAUUUCAGGACAUGUUCAUUAUCUGAAGUUUUCCUUAAUGAUUGUUAUUUAUUUUAAGGGUUUUUUAAAGCAUUGUUUUAUUUGUAUGGGUAUUCAGUCUCUCCUUCUAUCACUGUUAUUAACCACAUUAAACUCAGAUACGUGAUUUAAAAUUCAUGUUGAUAGAGACAUCUUAACCUAGUCAAAAUUGUUAUUAAAUAGGGGCCAAAAUCUUCAGUCCUCAUUCUGAUAAUACCUUGAGCUUCACUGAGAGCUUUUCGUAAGUAAAGAUUUGGGGAUUUGGCUCUGGACUAGUUGCCUGUCACAAUUUUUGCCUCCAAAGGUCAAAUGUCUCUUGAUGAUAUUUCAUGUCCACCGUGCUGCUCACCUAUGAUUGUUUCGUUGUACCUUUACUUAUGUAACAGUGUCUAAAAUUUUAUUCUUUAGGUGAACAGAUGUGUGUUUAUUUGACAGAUGUACCUAUAACUAACUCAUUGCUUAGUGCACAUCCAGAUGUUUUUGCAUGUGUUGUAACCUACCUUUUGACCUGAGGUUGUUGCUUUGUAUUGUUGGUCAGGCAUAUCAGGCAGGGUGUUGUGCCUGUAUGCUAAUUAAACAUUCUCUUUUUUUUCCGGAA